AUUCAUCGGCUGGAGGAGAACUAUGAAAUUGCGGAGGGGGUCUGCAUCCCGCGCAGCGCCCUCUACAUGCAUUACCUGGACUUCUGCGAGAAGAACGACACCCAGCCUGUCAACGCAGCCAGCUUUGGAAAGAUCAUAAGGCAGCAGUUUCCUCAGUUAACCACCAGAAGACUCGGAACCCGAGGACAGUCAAAGUACCAUUACUACGGCAUUGCGGUGAAGGAAAGCUCCCAGUAUUAUGAUGUGAUGUAUUCCAAGAAAGGAGCCGCCUGGGUGAGCGAGACGGGCAAGAAAGAAGUGAGCAAACAGACGGUGGCAUAUUCACCCCGGUCCAAACUUGGAACGUUGCUGCCAGAGUUUCCAAAUGUCAAAGAUCUAAAUCUGCCAGCCAGUCUGCCUGAGGAGAAGGUCUCUACCUUUAUUAUGAUGUACAGAACACACUGUCAGAGAAUACUGGACACUGUAAUAAGAGCCAACUUUGAUGAGGUUCAAAGUUUCCUUCUGCACUUUUGGCAAGGAAUGCCCCCCCACAUGCUGCCUGUGCUGGGCUCCUCCACGGUGGUGAACAUCGUCGGCGUGUGUGACUCCAUCCUCUACAAAGCUAUCUCGGGGGUGCUGAUGCCCACCGUGCUGCAGGCGUUACCUGACAGCUUAACUCAGGUGAUCCGAAAGUUUGCCAAGCAGCUGGAUGAGUGGCUAAAAGUGGCUCUCCAUGACCUUCCAGAAAACUUGCGAAACAUUAAGUUUGAAUUGUCGAGAAGGUUUUCCCAAAUUCUGAGACGGCAGACAUCACUGAAUCAUCUUUGCCAGGCAUCUCGGACGGUGAUCCACAGUGCAGACAUCACAUUCCAAAUGCUGGAAGACUGGAGGAACGUGGACCUCAAUAGCAUCACCAAGCAAACCCUCUACACCAUGGAAGACUCCCGAGAUGAGCACCGGAAACUCAUCAUCCAGUUGUACCAGGAGUUUGACCACCUCCUGGAGGACCAGUCUCCCAUCGAGUCCUACAUCGAGUGGCUAGACACCAUGGUGGACCGGUGUGUUGUGAAGGUGGCUGCCAAGAGACAAGGGUCCCUGAAGAAAGUGGCCCAGCAGUUCCUCUUGAUGUGGUCCUGUUUUGGCACAAGGGUGAUCCGGGACAUGACCUUGCAUAGUGCCCCCAGCUUCGGGUCUUUUCACUUAAUUCACUUGAUGUUUGAUGACUACGUGCUCUACCUGUUAGAAUCCCUACACUGUCAGGAGCGGGCCAAUGAGCUCAUGCGAGCCAUGAAGGGAGAAGGAAGCACUGCAGAAGUCCGAGAAGAGAUUGUCUUGACAGAGGCCACCCCGCCAACCCCUUCCCCGGUGCCAUCGUUUUCACCAGCAAAAUCUGCCACGUCCAUGGAAGUGCCACCUCCGUCCUCCCCCGUCAGCCACCCAUCCCCUGAGUACACGGGCCUCAGCACCACAGGAGCAAUGCAGUCAUACACGUGGUCUCUGACCUAUACGGUGACAACGGCGGCGGGUUCCCCAGCUGAAAACUCCCAACAGCUGCCCUGUAUGAGGAGUACUCAUGUGCCUCCUUCCUCCGUCACACACAGGAUACCGGUUUAUCCGCACAGAGAGGAGCACGGAUACACGGGAAGCUACAACUACGGGAGCUACGGCGGCCAGCAUCCUCCCCCGGUGCAGAGCCAGUACCCGGCCCUCCCCCACGACACAGCCAUCUCGGGCCCGCUGCACUACUCCCCAUACCACCGGAGCUCCGCACAGUACCCUUUCAAUAGCCCUACUUCCCGGAUGGAACCCUGUUUGAUGAGCAGUACUCCCCGACUGCAUCCCACCCCCGUCACCCCCCGAUGGCCAGAGGUGCCCACAGCCAACACGUGCUACACAAGCCCGUCUGUGCACUCCACGAGGUACGGAAACUCUAGUGACAUGUACACACCCCUGACCACGCGCAGGAAUUCUGAGUACGAGCACAUGCAACACUUUCCUGGCUUUGCUUACAUCAACGGAGAGGCCUCCACAGGAUGGGCUAAAUGACUGCUAUCGCAGGAAUCCAUAUUUAAUAUUAAUAAUAAUUAUUAAUAAUAAACCCAACGACCCACCCCCAGAAGACUGUAUCUCUAUACAUCAUAACUCAUGGACUAUUCCUAG